UAUAUAUAUAUGUGUACUUAUACACACACAAACAUCUAUUCACACACACACACACUAAUAGCAACAAACAUUUCAUCAGCCUCGUUUUCGGAACAACAUCCGCUUGUGCCACUUUUGUACUCUGCUAACAAGUGGCGGUGUUGGCCAAACACAAGUCACCGAUAUACUAUAUGUCCGAAAACUUAACACGCGAUAUCAAUUUAAGAGGGAGAGAAAGUUAGUUGCAUUUCUGCUGACACGAGCGGGGCAAGUGAAUAUUUCACGGAAUUAACGGUAUACUUAUUGGGCUAUUUAAUGAAAGCCUGUGUUGUGUCUGUAUGAAAAGCUCGUCUGUUAAUCGUUGAAAAGUAAAGAAAGAGUGGGGAGAAAGAGAAAGUAUCACACAACCACAGAGAAAAGGGUAAGAGAGAGAGGGAGAAAAAGUCACACACAGCCAAAGAGGAGCAUGAGGGAGGGGGAGAGAGAAAGAGAAUGUGUAUAAGGAAGGAGAGGGAAAGAGAAUGAGUAUCAGGAGGGAGAGAGGAAAUUAGAAUGAGUAUAAGAAACAGGGAGAAAGAAAGUGUAAGAAGUAGAGCGUGUAAAAGUGAGAGAGAGCAAAAUGUCAAGAUGGACGGAUGGCGGUUGGGACAAAUAAUUGAAUGAGAGAAAAGGAGAGGAAGUAAUAUCUUCGUCAAUUUAAAAGAAAUGGCAGCUGAGAAAGUUGAUUGUCCUGUCUGUGGUAAGAGUUUUCCCGUUCAAACUAUAAAUGUCCACGUUGAUGAGUGCUUAAAAUUGGACGAAGACGAUGAAGAAAGUUCCCUUAUGAAGCGAAAACAUCGCGACGAAGAUGUUUGCGGUAGUGGUGGUGAUGACGAUUUAGUUGGUGAUGCUGAUGAUGCUGAUGUUGUCGAUGGUGGUGGUGUCGGCAGUAAGUCUUGGGGAAGUUUAAUUCCGUAUUCAAAGAAAUCAAAACUUGACGGAUCACCGAAAUUAAAUAAGAAACAAGCUGCAAACACAAACAACAACACCAACACAAGCCCUAGCUCUGUAUUAAAAAAAAGAAAAAGCAAAACUUCUGCUCUUUUUACUGAAGAUGCGCUUGACCACAAAGACAGCAAAGGUUCGAAUCCCGGUAAGGACUGUAGCGAGGGCACACGGAUGGUGGGUUCGACUAGUAACGAAAUGACUUCGCUUUCUGUGACAACCAAUACCCAAAACACCAACAUCUCUAGUAAACAACCUUGUGAAAGUUCUUUAAUAACCUUUAAUAUUCCUUUGGCUGAGAGCCUUCGCCCUAAAACUAUGGAGAACUUCGUCGGGCAAACGAAGUCUAUUGGUGAAAAGUCGUUCAUACGAAAAAUCCUGUUCAACUAUUCCUUACCUCCGUCUAUGAUAUUCUGGGGCCCGCCAGGAAGUGGAAAGGACUGCUUACUUCCGCAUGUUGAGAACGGAACAUUUAUUUUGCUGGGCGCCACCACAGAAAACCCCUCAUUCCAAGUAAAUUCUGCUCUUCUUAGUCGGUGCCAUGUUGUAGUCUUGGAGAAGUUGAGUGUGGAAGAAGUGUCGACAAUAUUACGGAAUGCCGUGGAAUCCUUAAAGCUUAAAUGUUUUUCUGACGCCAGUGAAAUAGACAAACUUGCAGCUGAUAAAGAAGGGUAAGAGAUUGUUGUUGAU